CAGGGCGUUCCUCGCCCUCCCCUUUCCUGUUUGCUGGCUGCCCAGCUAACUUGAGCCGGGAAGGUGCGGUGGGAGGAAGGACCGACUCCCAGAUGCUCCGGGGCAGCCGCAGGGCCAACACGUCCCUCCGGGCGGAGCAAGCGGGGCUGGCUUCUGCGUCUCUGCUCUUAGGUCGCCCUGAUUAAGAACACCGAGCUCUUUAGCCCAGGAGAAGAGCCCAAACAUCCCAGCAGAGUACUGAAAGAUUGCAGAUUGCGGAGUUGUAAUUGCAGGUGUUGUUGAGAAAAGUACACGUGACUUGGUUGUGAAAAAGGACAUGAGGAGUCCAAGGACUUGGGGUGCUGCUGAUCAGAAUGAAACAAAUGUUGAAAGACUUUUCAAAUCUAUUAUUAGUGGUGCUCUGUGACUAUGUCCUUGGUGAAGCUGAGUACCUCCUCUUGGGACAGCCAGGUCACGUAGCUUUAAGCAACAACUCGGUGAAUGUAGAGUUCCAGUAUUCUGAUGGAAAUAAUACGGCAAUGAGGAAUGUGUCCGUCCUUCUGCUGGAGGCCGGCAAAAAUCAGACCAUCACCACCAAAUACCUCCUGACCAACCAGUCCAAGGGCACUUUGGAGUUUGAGUGUUUCUAUUUCAGGGAAGCGGGUGACUACUGGUUCUUACUGAGUCCGGCAAAAAUGGACAAUAGCACAAGAGCCCCCUGGCAAGAGAAGCAUGCUUUCCUGAAGGUGGAGUGGCCAGUGUUCCACAUCGAUUUCAAUCAGACGGCAAAAGCGGCAGGGAGUGUCUUGCAGGUGGGACUUUUUACAAAUCAACCUCUGUGCUCUUUUACUACCGACAGACCAGACAUUUCAGUGGACGUCACCUUUACUAACAGUAUCUCAGAGCUGAAAGACAGCAGGGAUCAACCAUUGGAAAUAAGGAUCAGCAAGAGGGUUAACCUUGCUCCAGUCCAGUGGAUAGAGUUUGACUGUGCUCCCAUUGGUUCCCAAGCCUAUGCCUCUGUGUUAUUGAAACUGCAUAAUACCGAAUCAGUCAUUACCUCAAUAGGACCCAUUGACCUGGUCCAUAGAUUUGGCUACAAGCUGAUGACGUUGCCAGAACUAACAUGCGAGUCCUUGGUGGAUGUGGUCAUUGUGCCCCCUCCAUGCACUUUUGCCCAAGGAAUGGUAACUGUGUACAAGGACACCCCCAGGAAUUCUGGGGACAGGCCUGGCUGGCUGGCUGAAAACAUCGUGCCCCUCGGAGCCAGCAAAACGGCAUUUAACUGUACUUUGUUUGCCAUGGGGAAAAAUAAAUACUGCUUUGAGUUCAGCUUUUCAAGCAAAAGCCAUUUUUCCUCGAGGGAGAAGUGCAUGAUGAUUCAGAGAAAUAUAGAAACAUGGAGCCUAUGGCAGGCCUGGAACCCGUGCAGCGUAACAUGUGGUGACGGCGUACGGGAUCGGCAGCGAAUCUGUCUCACCUCCUCCCCCUCCAAGCCUGGCUGUGUUGGAACAUCUAUAGAGACUUCCUUGUGCUCUUUGGAAGAGUGCUUUACUCUCAAGCCUUCCAGCUCAUCUCCUGUCGAACCCAAGGGCUCCUUGAAAGCCAAUAAUAUUGUGACUGUUACGGGAAUCUCUCUGUGUUUGUUCAUAAUCAUCGCCACUGUCCUCAUUACCCUCUGGAGGAAGUUUGGCCGGGCCCCCAAGUGUAGCACCCCGGCACGCCAUAACUCCAUCCACUCCCCCAACUUCCGGAAGAAUUCAGACGAAGAGAACAUCUGUCAGCUGAGUGAGCAGAGGGGGAGCUUCUCUGAUGGGGGCGAGGGACCCUUGGGAAACCCUGCAGAGGGCGGCAUCCCUUUGACCUACCGGCGGAGCAUGCAGCUGCCUCCAGAGGAAGAAGUCUCUGGCAGUGAGAGCUUUCAGUCCAAUGCCCAGAAGAUAAUCCCCCCACUUUUUAGCUACCGCCUGGCACAGAAGCAGCUUAAGGAGAUGAAAAAGAAGGGCCUGACUGAAACAACCAAAGUGUACCAUGUGUCUCAGAGUCCUCUGACCGACACGGUUGUUGGGGGUGCUGCUGGGGCCGGCUUGGACUCAGAAAGUCCAGAAGAAGCCACAGGGAACAAAUUUAGAAUCAAAUCCCCUUUUCUGGACCAGUCCACCAUCAAUCCAGGGGAAAGGCCUCAGUCCAGGCUAGAUUUUAACAUGUCUCUGGCCAAUCCUGCAGUGAGCCCCAGCCAGACCCUCAUUCACAGAUCCCAGCUGAAAUACAUGGGCAGCAAAGGGGGCCAGUCUGAAAGAAGUUAUCCUCGGCAUUCGCACUUCAGGAGAACUGCAAGUUUCCACGAAACCAAGCAAGCCAGACCCUUCAGGGAAAGGAGCAUGUCCACUCUGACUCCGCGACAAGCUCCAGCCUAUAACUCCAGGACACGAACCUGGGACCAUGGAGAAGAGAGAUUUAGACCUCGGUCUCGGGGAGCCCACCCAUGUCCUGAGAAGCUGGAGCAUUCCCAGGGGCCUGCGAUGGCCAGUGAACCACUCAGCCCUCUCUCCAAGCUCCACCCCAUGGGGCCUCUAGCCAGGAAACCUGACUUGAUCACUGACCGUUCUUCCGGACUGGUGAAUGGCACAGAUAGAGCUGAACCCCAUAGACACAGGAGGGGACCUUCACCCAGUCACAAGAGUAUCUCAAGGAAACAGCCCUCCCCAACUGUCCCCAAGGAGAGCUACCAGAGGGUCAGCCCUUUGAGUCCCUCCCAGUACAGAAGAGACAAGUGUCAGAGCUUCCCAGCGCACCCUGAAUACGCUUUCUAUGACAAUACUUCUUUUGGUCUCACUGAGCUGGAGCAAAGGAUGCUUGACUUGCCUGGGUAUUUUGGGUCAAAUGAAGAAGAUGAAACAACAAGCACACUGAGCAUAGAGAAGUUGGUGAUCUAAAGAAAACCUGAGUGUAAGAGCAAAACUGUGGAAUCUUGGUCACUCUCCUACUCCAUGCUCUCAUUCCCUGCCUGCAGCAUCAGCUCCUGGACUGUUUUCAGUAUAGUUUUUAUACCACUGAACAGACAAUGGGGAAGAAUGAUCUAUGGGAAGAAUACUCUGUGUGUGUACAAAAAACAGAAAGAGAGAGAGAGAGA